AACUGUUUAUUUAUCUUCUACUCCUUCCAUUUUUACUGCAUCUACCAUUUGAUCAACAUGAAAUCAACUCUGACUCUGCUGUGUCUGGUGGUAUGGGUGAAUGUGGAUGCUUCAUCAGCUCAGACUGAGUACUGUGGUAAGCCUGAGGGUGAAGGGAGGAGAAUGCUGCCGAUUCCUGAUCGAGAACGUUAUGAAAAUGGGGACCAAGUGGAGUAUGGAUGUCUUGCAACUUGUAAGAACGGAGAGUGGGAUAAGACCAUCAAGGGCAAAGAUUACUGUAGUAAACCCGAGGGUGCAGACACCAGAAUGCUGCUGAUUCCUGACCGAGAGAGAUAUGAAAAUGGGGACAAAAUAGAUUAUGGAUGCCUUAGCGGCCCAAACACAGGCUCAAGAGGAAAAGCAACUUGCAAGAACGGAGAGUGGAGUAAGACAAUCGAGUGCCAAGCAAGCUGUCCUGAUCCUCCUCCCAUUACUAAUGGAGAUUUCACCAAGGAAAAGAGAGAUGUUGAAGGUGUAAUUACAGAGGUGUCCUACCAAUGCAGCAGACAGUUUACACUGAGUUCCACAGGCAGCAUCAGAUGUCUGAAUGGAAAAUGGCAGAGUCCUCCAAAGUGUUUACGGCCUUGUGAGAUUUCCACUUUUGAUGCAGAGUACAAUCUACAGAAUUUACCCAAGAAAGAUAAGAUUGCGCACAGUGAAAAAAAGACUCUUCAUUGCAAAGAGGGAUAUUACCAUCAAUACAAGAGAUUUCGACCAAAUAUAGAAGAAAUUGAGGUGAAGUGUGAUGAUGGAGAGUUACAGUAUGGAGAACACAUACCUAUAUGUAGCCAUCGUUAUUCAUAGGUAGAUGAUGAACAUAAUGGAGUCAUGAUGUUCCCUCCAUCAAUUUCAAGAAUCCUUACAAAGCCACCUUUAUAUGCAAGGAGAAGACCCAUUUGCUUUUGGUGUCUGUCGCUUGUUUAAUUUAGAAGAAAUAUGAGCCAUCCAGUAAUGGAAUACAUGUGUCUUUUCAACAUUUGACAUUGUAUCAUCAUUGAAACAAAAUAACAGUAUCUUUCAAACCAUAUCAGUCUCAGCUUCACUAUAAUAACAGUACAACUAUCUAAAGCUAGACUAAAAUGGUACAUUUGUUAUAUUAGUACAAAGUGAUGUGAUUGUGUGAAUAUCCUUCUAUCAAGUUUAUAAAUUGCCUGGCUGGGCUGAUGAGACAGUGGAUUGCGCAGUCAGUUGAAACAGAGUAAAUAGGCAUUUUAACAUCAUAGAUUAUGCCGGUGGUAGCUUGUGGAAUAGGCACCGGCUGGAAUGCGGUCUUAACCAAUCAGCAUUCAGGAUUAGACCGACACGCUCUAUAAUGUGUGAAUAUUCUCCUGUAUCUCCCAGCUGUGUGAUUCAUUACCUGAAGGUGUAAUAUAAGUGGACAACUGUUAUGAUUGUGAUUGACCUUAUCAAGACAAUAAAGUUGUGGAAAAGAGAUGA